UGCUUGUUCUUGUAGUUCCAGGACAGAGCCACAGGUUGCCUAUGAUUGCCCUACAACAUAACAACAUAAAGUGACAUUUUACCCGAGCACUUUUCUCCCUGUAACAUAAGUUUAUUUGUAUUAUUAUACCGGUAGUGCCAAUAAGAACGGAUCCUGUAAGCUGCAGAUGUAACUGAUCUAAAUCACGUCUGAACAUAUGGAUUUGAUCACAACACUUGGCAAUGUCGUGUAGAAAGAAUUUAUAUCAGUCAUUGUUAGUACUAGAAGAGAAGCUGCGUUUGUGAGUCCCGAUUCUUCUCUCUAAGGGAAGCCAUAUGUGAGGGCUUCUGUACCGUGCUUGUAGAGGUUCCGGACUUAUCAGCACCAAGACAGACUUUAUAAAGGAUUAGAAAAUAUGGAGGUUUUAUAUUUGCAAAUCCUAUCCGUAUUGCUGCUCACUGCUCACAGGAACACGCAAUGUGAAGCCCAGGAGGAAACAAUGAUUCGAUACAUCGAGAAACGCAUUUUGACCCUGGAGGACAGACUGUACAAGUGUGAACAAGAUAUACAGCAAUAUGUACUUGAAUUUAAAGAGCUGUCACAUAAGCUGGUGUCACGUCUGGACAACCUCAUCAACUAUAAAGUGGAAGUAAAGAGCGAGAUGGAGAGCCUGUGGGAAAGAGUGGAGAGAGCCGAGUGGGACAUUGACUAUCUUGAGAGCACGACUUCCUCCAGCACACAGGUGGAAGUUGAUGACCACGUGGUGGAGAAACAGCUCAUGGAACACGCAACUGAGAAAAGAAAACUGCAGCACAAACUUAGCACAGGUUGUACAACAAUGAUGGCAAAAAUCAAAUCUCAGAAAACGGUGAAAAAGGCUGGCGGUGGUAUUGGUGCUUGGAUGAAGAAUGUUGGCGCUGGCUCAGAAACUAUCUAUUUCUUUACAGGUCCUAGUAGCAACGUACUUCUACAAUUUGCAAACAUAGAGGAUUUUAGCAGUCGGGAUUAUCUGCAGAAUGCAGAGAAAGUCAGGUUGCCUUUUUCCUGGCAGGGUACCGGUCUCCACAUCUAUGACAAUGACAUCUUUUUCCAUAGGAACGGUACAACCAAUGUAAUAAUGAAAUAUAAUAUCCAGAGUAAUACGACCCAGCUCAUGCAUUUAGAAGGUGCUGGUCAGUAUCCACCAUACCAGCUUUCCCCAUACACCAAAAUUGAUCUUGCCAUGGACGAACAAGGCCUCUGGGCCAUUCACACAGAUUCUGAUACAAACGGGGACCUCGUUCUUACCAAAAUAGACCACAACAAAAUGGAAGUCGAGUACGUGUGGAACACAACCUGCAGCAGCAGCAAUGCAGAGGCAGCCUUUGUCAUCUGCGGAACUCUGUACGUCAUGUACAAUAGUCCAAGUGGUGGUCGAUCUCAUAUAGACUGUAUUUAUGACACCUCCGAUGUCAUUGACGGUCAUGAGAUACCUAGUUUAUACUUUACCAAGCGAUACAGCAGCCAUUCCUCUGUGCACUACAAUUCCAGAGACCAAAACCUCUAUGCUUGGGAUGACGGCUAUCAAGUUAUAUAUACAUUUGAGGCUAAAAAGAAACUUGAAACCUUCUAAGGACACAUUCAGGGACAGUUCCGGCAAACGCUAAUCUCUGCCUGCGAUUCUGUCUACACGUCUACGUCACGCCCUCGGAACACUAACAGCAGGCCUGGCCAACCUGUGGCUCUCCAGCUGUUGUUAAACUACA